GCACGUUUAAGAACGUCCCGGGUUGUUUUUACUGUGACACCAAACGUCAUUGAUUUCAUUGAUCAUAUCCAUAUCGACUAGCCAAGCUUGGUGAGUUGCAAUGGAAGAGGCAGCGGCAACGGCAACAGGUGUCGACCUCAGCAGGAAGUUUGUGUCGGAAACUGAGCUUGAUGAGAAUAGAAAGAAGAGACAGGAAGAAUGGGAGAAAGUCAGGAAACCUGAAGAUCCAGAGGAGGCUCCUGAGGAGAAGUAUGACCCACGUACUCUCUUUGAGCGAUUGCAGGAGCAAAAAGACAAAAAACAAGAGGAGUUUGAGGAGCAAUUCAAAUUCAGGAACAUGGUGAGGGGAUUGGACGAGGAUGAGAGCAGCUUCCUGGACGAGGUCUCCCGGCAACAGAGCCUUGUGGAGAAGCAACGCAGGGAUGAGGAGAAACAGGAACUGUUGGAAUACAGAAGUGCUGUAGUUAAGCAUGCGACCACAGAAACCCGCAGAGAGCCUGAAAAGAAGUUGCCAUCUAAAGCAGAGCAAAGGACCAGCCACCUGUCUCAGGCCCAUUUAUUGGCUGGAGCUGUAAAGAGACGCAGUUCCUCCCAGUCGUCAGACAGCAGUAAGAAACAGAAGGUGGAAAUCACAAAAACAGGAGUGACAGGAAAUGGAGACAGACAGACAGAACAGGAGGAUGGAGCAGGAGGAGCAGAGCGAGCUGAAGUUCAACAAACUGCCCUGAUGGCUAAGACCACCUCGGCCCCCCUGAGCUCCGAGCGAGGCGUGUUGCACCUGCCGUCAGCGGCCGUGUGCGUUGGCGUUCUUCCAGGACUCUGCGUUUAUUCCGGCAGCAGCGACUCUGACAGCAGCUCGGACAGCGAAGUUUAAGCCGAGCAACCAAUCCCGCACUGCCUACCCCGACGACAUCCUGCCCCCCCCUACACCCAACCCUACUCCCAACCCAAGCCAAGCGACUGCAAGCUGUGCUGCUGGGGAACAGUGAUUGACAGCUGUGGAGCAAGGAGGAGGCUGCUUUAGACUGUGUCUAAUGACUCACACCUGUUUAGCUAUCAGAAGUAGUGGAGGCCAGGGCAGGACACGCUUCCCUCUGCAUUUGGGGUUAAAUGCAAAAGUCUGAAUAUUUAAAAUGUUUUAUUUGUGUGAUGUCAUGUGUUUUCUAAUCAGUAGUUUUUCUUUUCAUGUGACAUUGUGCUGGAAAGAUGCUGGACUGUUUGCUGCCAUCUCAGAGUUUUGCUGUGUUGCUCAAACUCUGAGCAGAGAGAAAUAAAGAGCUUCCCCACUCUGUUUA